AUGGGCAGAUGUCUAGCCCUUGCAGGUGAUCCCUACCCAGAAACUCAAUCAGUUGCUAAUGUGCUAUCUGGUUUGGAUGUAGAUUAUCUACCUAUUAUUGUGCUUGUUGAGGCACGACAAUCCACUUCAUGGCAAGAAUUGCAAGAUAUCCUUCUUAGCUAUGACAGUAAGAUGAAACGCUUAAAUUCCCUCUCUGGAACAAGCAAAAUUCUCAAUGGCUUGUCAUCUCCAACAACAAACUUGGCUAACAAAGGGCCAAGUUCAGGUGGCAACCACAACUCUGGACAUCACGGUGCAAGAGGAGGCUCUCCCAGAAAUCGUGGUCGUACUAGUGGUCACGGUCGAGGAGGACGUUCCAGUGGUGGUGGUCCAAAACUAACCUGUCAAGUUUGCAGAAAAUAUGGACAUUCCACAGCCUAUUGCUACAAUAGGUUCGACGAAUCUUACAUGGGUUCUGUACCAGGCAGUGCUCCAUUCAAUCCCAAAAAAGGUCAAGGUGCACAGAGUGCUUCAGCGUUUAUUGCCACUCCUGAAAUGGUGGAAACUGAUGCGUGGUGUGCUGAUUCGAGAGCGAGUAAUCACAUUACAGCCGAGACUUCAAACAUGAAACAGAAAGUAGAGUAUAAUGGUAAGGAAAAACUCAUUGUUGGGGAUGGUAACAGGCUGAAUAUUGCUCAUGUUGGUUCCAGUUUAUUAUCUACUCAUGAUAAUAGUCACUUGCACAAGGUCACAAAGAAAGUGGUACUUCACGGGAAGCUUAAGGAUGGACUCUACCAAUUCACCUCACCAAAAUCCAAGGUUUUGCUCAGUUCUUCUUCAGCAUCUAAGUCAGCGUUGUUUUCUGGUGUUUCUGUUGCAUCUUCGUCUCCUGUAACUCUGCCUGUGGUUGAGAGUAUGACCACAAUAGGUUUUCUUAAUCUUCAUAAAUCUGAACAACCAGUUCAGGUUCAGAUUCCCUCUUGGUCAUCUUUUGUUCCCACACCAACACCUAUUUCAGCCACAUCACCUUCUCAACAACCUUCACAACCUUUGGCAAGUUUCCAUGCUUCAGCAUCUCAUGAUUUACCACCUUCUCUGCACUGUGAGUCACAAAAUUCCAGUCAGGUAGAAUUUAAUACUCACUCAUUUCAUGAUAUAGAAAUUUCUAAUGCACCUUAUAUAGUAGCUGACUCUCCCGAUCACUCAUCCUUUGAGCUACAACCAGCAGCUACUUCUUCAGCAACUGAUCCAUUAGUUCCCUCACCUCCGAUGAUGACUCGCUCUAAAGUGGGCAUUUUUAAGCCUAAAGUUUACAUGGGACAGUCACGUUGGACUCAGCUCACUAAAGAACCAUCUUCUAUAGAGGAGGCUUUAGCUCACGAUGGAUGGAAAGGUGCAAUGCUUGAAGAACUUAAAGCCCUUGAUAGAAAUCAAACGUGGACCUUGGUUCCACAGCAACAAGGCAUGAACAUUGUGGGCAAUAAAUGGGUGUUCUGA